CAAAUCUUGAGGGAGAUCAAGAUUUGACUCUAUUUUGUCUUUCAAAAAUGAAACAAACCAAUCUCCUGUUAUGUAAACUAUUCAUAGGAACCUUGUUAUUUUGGUUGGGCUCUGUUUUGGUUAAGGCAGAAGACCCUUACUUGUUCUACACUUGGACUGUUACUUAUGGAACAAGAUCUCCUUUGGGUGUUCCUCAACAGGUCAUUCUUAUCAAUGGACAGUUCCCUGGUCCAGCGAUUGAAGCUGUCACAAACAACAACAUUGUUGUCAAUCUCAUCAACAAGCUCGACGAACCUUUCCUCAUCACUUGGAAUGGAGUGAAACAGAGAAGGACAUCGUGGCAAGAUGGAGUAUUGGGAACAAACUGUCCUAUCCCACCAAACUCGAACUGGACUUAUCAGUUUCAACUUAAAGAUCAAAUCGGCACUUUCACUUACUUCGCUUCCACGUCGAUGCACCGAGCUAGUGGUGCUUUUGGUGCUCUCAACAUUAACCAGAGAUCCGUUAUUACCACUCCUUAUCUCACACCUGAUGGUGACUUCACCCUCCUCGUCAGUGACUGGUUCAAAUUGAGCCACAAGGAUUUGAGAAAGCGACUUGACGCAGGCUAUGCUCUUCCAGUUGCUGAUGCUCUUCUCAUCAAUGGUGCUUCUAAGGGAUUAGUAUUUACCGGUCAACAAGGCAAAACAUACAAGUUUAGGGUAUCGAAUGUCGGGAUCGCAACAUCGAUAAACUUUAGGAUUCAAAAUCAUACAAUGACCCUCAUUGAAGUAGAAGGCGCUCACACUCUUCAGGAGAGCUAUGAGUCACUUGACGUCCACGUUGGUCAGUCAGUGACCGUCCUGGUUACCUUAAAAGCUUCAGUGAAAGACUAUUACAUCGUAGCCUCGAGCCGGUUCACUAAACCGAUACUAAACACAACAGCGAGUCUACGUUACCUAGGCUCCAAAAAUGCAGCCUAUGGCCCCCUUCCCGUUGGUCCCACUUACCAUAUCCACUGGUCCAUGAAACAAGCAAGAACCAUCAGGGUGAAUUUGACGGCAAAUGCUGCAAGGCCAAACCCACAAGGAUCAUUUCACUAUGGUACCAUACCGAUAAACCGAACUUUGGUUCUAGCCAAUGCAGCUACGAUGAUUUACGGGAAGCUUCGGUACACUGUAAACCGAAUAUCACACAUCAACCCACCAACACCUUUGAAACUCGCCGAUUGGUAUAACAUUUCGGGCGUGUUCGAUUUCAAGACUAUCCUUAGCCGUCCUUCAAUCGGACCAGCUCAUUUUGGUGCAUCGGUUUUCAACGUUGAGCUCCACGAGUUUGUUGAAAUCGUUUUCCAAAAUGAUGAGAGAUCAAUUCAGUCUUGGCACAUGGAUGGUACUAGCGCCUUUCUUGUCGGAUUUGGGUCAGGGACAUGGAAUGAGACCAUGAGGAAACGUUACAACUUGGUUGAUGCUGUUGCAAGGCACACGUUCCAGGUGUAUCCGUUAUCGUGGACAAGCAUAUUGGUGUCGUUGGACAACAAAGGGAUGUGGAAUCUGAGGUCACAGAUCUGGUCGAGGAGGUAUUUAGGACAAGAGCUAUAUGUUCGUGUUUGGAACGAUGAGAAGUCUCUAUACACUGAAGCUGAGCCUCCUCUUAACGCUCUUUACUGCGGCUUAGCCAAACGCCCCCGUUAGAUAUUUUUCAAAUAUAUUAUUGUUUUUUACAAGUGGAGGGAAAAAAAAUACAAACGUAAACCUCAUUGAUUUUUCAAUAAACAGACAAAAAAAGAAAAAAAAAGAAAAAGCUUUGUCUUAUGAUUUAUUUCAGAUUGUAUCCAUGCAUCUAAACCAUAUUUUCUAAACUACGAUUAAUAUUAGAACGUCUGCUUACUGUU